UAAAAGUCCUUGUUAUGUGAUACCCAUAUUAGUAUUUGGAAUCAUUUUUGACCAAAAUCUUACAAGUCAAUAUGAGACACGGCAGCACCGCGCCACUCGCAGCGGAACCACCGCAACCCCAACCUUCACUGUCCAAUUCGAUUCCUCACCGGAGGAAGAAGCGCAAGCGCAGAGUCGCCGCCACUUCCACUUCCAUUUCCUCUGAAACCAGCUUCGCCAAUGGUUCCGACCAGCUCAAGAAUCGCAUUCAUGACGCUGCUGUUGAGUGCGAGCAGGAACCUAAAGCGGAACAGAGUAAAGCCACUUAUCCUUUGGUGGAGCUAAGGCAGAGAAGCGUGAAAGGUGGCGAGAGUUUGGGAAAUUCGGUGGUUACAGCCGUCGAUGCAGGUGAUGUUACGGAAGUUUGUUCGAUUGCAGCGGCAACAUCGGAGACGGCGGAGUCGCUGGAGUUAAAACGUGUUUUGGAAGAUGAUUGGAUCUCGAACAAGUCACCCAUGUCAUACUUUUUUGAGAAAGUGUACAACGGAAAUUCUGUAUGGAGCACAACAAUUAUUGGGGAUGAAAAGGGACGAGAAAGAGUUUAUGACACUAUCUUCCGUUUGCCAUGGAGAUGCGAAUUGCUUAUAGAUGUUGGUUUCUUUGUCUGCUUCAAUUCAUUUCUGUCAUUGUUAACUGUCAUGCCCACAAGAAUGCUGAUGACCGUUUGGAGGCUUCUGAAAACAAGGAAGUUCAAUAGGCCAUCAACAAUUGAGUUUUCAGAUUUUAGCUGUUUUCUUAUUUUGGCUUGUGGAGUCACUGUUUUGCAGCAAAUAGAUAUCAGCUUAAUAUAUCAUAUGAUCCGUGGUCAAGCAACAAUCAAGUUGUAUGUGAUCUACAAUGUGUUAGAGAUAUUUGAUAAAUUAUGUCAAAAUUUUAUUGGGGAUGUGCUGCAAAUGCUAUUUCAUUCAGCGGAAGAGCUUGCAAGAUGCCCCCCAGAAACACAAAGUAUGAGAUUCUGGAUACGGAGAUUUAUUUCUGACCAAGUUUUAGCCGUUGUUACUUCAAUUGUUCAUUCUGUUAUCUUAUUAGUUCAGGCAAUCACUUUAUCAGCCUGUAUUGUUUCUCACUACAAUGCCCUGCCAGCAUUGCUGGUGUCCAAUAAUUUUGCUGAGAUAAAAAGCUAUGUGUUUAAGGGAUACAGUAAGGAUAAUGUUCACAGUAUGGUGUACUCUGAUUCCAUAGAGAGAUUCCAUAUAUCAGCAUUUAUCUUAUUUGUUUUGGCUCAAAAUAUUCUGGAAGCAGAAGGACCCUGGUUUAUAAGCUUUAUCAGUAAUAUCCUCUUGGUUUAUGUAUUUGAGAUGGCUAUCGAUGUGAUCAAGCAUUCAUUCAUUUCCAAAUUCAACAACAUUUCACCCAUCGCAUAUUCUGAGUUUCUUGAAGUCCUAUGUAAACAGACUCUACAUAUGCAAACUGAGGAUGCCAAAAAAAAGUUGACUUUUGUCCCUCUUGCUCCAGCUUGUGUGGUCAUUCGAGUUCUGGCUCCAGUUUAUGCUGCAAACCUUCCUUACAAUUCCCUUUCAUGGAGGCUAUGUUGGAUUCUGUUAUUUUCGGCAAUAACUUACAUUAUGCUAACAAGCCUCAAGGUUCUAAUUGGCAUGGUUCUACAGAAGCAUGCCAGAUGGUAUGUUAAUCGCUGUCAAAGGAGGAAGCAUCAUCUUCAUGCAGAUUAACUUGUGGGGCAUGUGCAGUAAUAGUCAUCAUAUCAAAGGAGGAAGCAUCAUCUUCAUGCAGAUUAACUUGUGGGGCAUGUGCAGUAAUAGUCAUCAUAAGUUGUGCAUUUGAGGUUUGUAAAUGAUCAUGUAUGUACAUUAUAGACAUUUUCAUUCAUCGUCUUCUAUAUGAUGUACACGAAGCUAAUAGUUUAUUAGAAAACAAAAUGUCUUAGUGCUGUUCUGUAGCUUCUACCUUAUCCAUGCUUUUUGAAUUUAUCUGUGCCAUUUUUUGAA